AUCGAAAAUGGUGGAAUCGAAGAAGAAGACCGAAACGGUACAUUCACCACUCGUCACAUAUGCUUCUAUGAUAUCUCUUCUCACACUUGCUCCUCCUUUCGUCAAUCUACUAUGGUAUACAAUGACGGCUAUGGAUGGAUCAAUUUUGAAGACAUUUGAUUAUUUGAACAAUAAUGGUUUACAAGGUUUUGUUAAUCUAUGGCCUAAACCAACACUUCUCUCUUUCCAAAUUAUAGCUGUUUAUGCUGUAUUUGAAGCUACACUUCAGCUUCUUCUUCCUGGGGAAACUGUUUACGGUCCUAUUUCUCCCACCGGUAAUCGCCCUGUCUAUAAGGCAAAUGGUGUUGCUGCAUAUUUAGUUACUUUGGUUACUUACAUUGCACUUUGGCGGUUUGGGAUAUUCAACCCAACAAUCGUUUAUGAUCAUUUGGGGGAGAUAUAUUCCACACUCAGCUUUGGGAGCUUUAUCUUUUGUAUUUUCUUAUACAUAAAAGGUCAUUUGGCACCAUCUUCUACUGAUUCUGGUUCAAGUGGGAACAUAAUCAUCGAUUUUUACUGGGGUAUGGAGCUCUAUCCACGCAUUGGAAAAUAUUUUGACAUAAAAGUUUUCACAAACUGCAGAUUUGGAAUGAUGUCGUGGGCUGUUCUGGCACUUACUUACUGCAUAAAGCAGUAUGAAGAAAAUGGGAAGGUAGCUGACUCAAUGCUUGUAAAUACUACAUUAAUGCUGGUGUAUGUUACCAAGUUUUUCUGGUGGGAAGCUGGAUACUGGAACACAAUGGAUAUUGCACACGAUCGAGCUGGAUUUUAUAUUUGCUGGGGCUGUUUGGUUUGGGUUCCAUCAGUGUAUACAUCUCCUGGAAUGUACCUUGUCAACCAUCCAGUGAAUCUUGGCACCCAGCUAGCACUCUUUAUUUUAGUGGCUGGCAUUAUGUGCAUAUACAUCAAUUAUGAUUGUGACAGGCAAAGACAAGAGUUUCGUAGGACAAAUGGAAAAAGCUUGGUCUGGGGAAAAGCUCCAUCUAAGAUAGAAGCCUCAUAUACCACUGCUUCCGGGGAAACAAAAAGAAGCCUUCUUUUAACCUCUGGAUGGUGGGGAUUAGCUCGUCAUUUUCAUUAUGUACCUGAAAUACUAGCUGCAUUCUUCUGGACAGUCCCAGCUCUUUUCAAUCACUUCUUGCCUUACUUCUACGUGAUAUUUCUUAUUAUCCUUCUUUUUGAUCGAGCAAAAAGGGAUGAUGAUCGAUGCAGAUCCAAGUAUGGAAAGUACUGGAAACUCUAUUGCGACAGGGUACCUUACAGAAUCAUUCCAGGAAUAUAUUGAUGAUGACGUGUCUGGAAUUCUAUCCUUCACUUGGUGCCAUGUUUACCUAUUUUUGUUUACUGCCUCUGCCACUUAAGAUGCAAUGGUAAACUUUAGCUGUAAGAAAUAAUUCAGUAAUUAUUGAACCUUAUUUUGUAAGCGAAUGUUAUGAUUUAAAAUGGUUCUCGAGCUGUUUAUCAAUUAUGCUUUAAA